UCAAUUAAAUCUUAAAGAAAAUGAUGUUAAAUUAUUCCAUUUUUUAACUGGUAAUCCUUAUGUAAUUAAUGAUGCUGAAAGUAUUUUACAAAAAAAUAUUAAUGAUAUCAAAAAUUUAAUACAAGAUAUGAAAUUCAUACCAUUUCCAUUACGUAUCGAUGCUAUAUUACUAGAACCAAAAAUAGUUAAAUUUUGGAAUGAUAUUGGUUAUGAUUAUAAAGAUUUUACUAAUUUAACUUUUCAAGGAUUAGCAUGUAUUCUUUUUUCACCUAGACCAAAUACAACAUAUAUUAAAUCUGAUAAAAAUAUUAUAAUUAAAAGAUAUAAAAAAUAUAUUAAUUUAGGAUUUAAAUUUAAUAAAAAAAUAGUUGCUUCUAUUUCUCAUGUUUUUGAAGAUAGAAUUAAUGAUGUUGGUGAUAUUUUUGUUAAUUCUUUUAGUGAAAUUUUAGAAAUGGAAAAAAGAAUUCUUUUAGAAUUUAUUCAAUUCCAUUCUACUAAUCCAAGAAAAGAAAAUAUUUUGAAUUUUGUUACAAAAAAAUUAAACCUUUUUUCUUAA